ACUGAAAAUGCUGUCAGUCUGCGCAUGUGUGAUAAAGAUUUUUGAGAUGUGUCCGGAAGUCGUGGUCUGGGGAAAGCGUGGGUCUCAACAACGGAGUGCAUCUUGUAGGGUGUGUAGUGUAAUAUUUCAGAAUGUCCUCUCUUUUGAUAAAUGAAAUUUUAACGAAUUGCACCUACACAGACAAGAUUUUAGAGUCGUUUAUCUGGCCGAUAGACUCGUUGCCAGAUUUGGAGAGGAUUGAGGCUGUUAACAUAUUGAUUGAGGCAUGUAAUGUGAGAGGCUCUGAGGAGAAUCGGGAUAAAUUAUCGCCAGGAGUGAGAGCUCUCUUGUGGGAUAGGUGUAUACCACUUUUAAGGCAAAUCUCAGAAAAUGGUUUACAUAAAAACGAGCCCGGUUUGAAGGCGCUUCAUGCUCUCUGUCGCCUGCUUAGCAGCUGUUUAGCUCUCCUCUGUGACUCUGGGGAGGUAGAGAAGCUGACUAUGAUCACCUUACCAGUAUUUCAAAACUUGGAAGGGGAGGAUUGCACCCAAAGCAAAGGACAGUUUGACAUAGACGUAGCAGUAGAGGUUCUGGCGGUUCUGCUACCAUCAUUGACGUCCGACUUGGAGUUGUUAGUAAAGUUGACAUCAUGCAUUCUGUCAGCAGUGAAGGUCCUGUCUGAUGACCGAGUGUCAAAAAUCCUCGUCCGUGUUUUGUUUACGCUUCUCAACUGUGUUAAUGACAGAAGCAGAACAGACAUUCUCCAGCGCCUAUGGCUGGAUCUAUGCACUUGGCACGAAAGCGAGAAGAACAUGACCGUGACAGCUCGGACAUUAUUGUGCCUUAUUGCCGUGUCAGACUACCUCUUCACACCUAGCGAAAUGUCUUUACUUCAUGACCGUCAUAACUACCUCUCAGACCCUAGAUUGUCACAAUCGUUUUGGGUAAUUAUUCAGUCCGGACUGACCCACAGAGAUAACGUGGCGCGCAAGCGAGCCCUGUACUUGUUGAAGAAAUGCGUCGCGCUGUCCGAGGCGGAGAACAUGGAGUUUCUCGCAUCGUCAGACGGAGAGAUGUGCUUUUUCAGAUGGACACCCAGCAAAAGUCAAGUACUGCAGAAAUUCUGGCAGGAUUAUGUAUUGGUUAUGGAGACUCUGGAAGAAAAUCAGAUUCAUGUGGUGCGUCCUGUACUGAACCGACUUAACACAUUGAUUGAAACAACAGCAAGCGGCAAGAAAGAUGCUGCCCUGGUGCACCCUUCAUGGUUGCUGUGUGUGUACCAGCGUAUGUUCCACAGCGAGAAUAAGGCAGUGAUGAAGGAGGGAGUGCACCACUUGCUGGAGCUAGAGUUGCUGAAGUGUCCAGUCUUCGCCCUGGCUUUCUCACAGUUCAUUGUUGGCCCUUUCAUGGAUGUCUUGUCUGACAGCACUCUCUACCACAGGUCAACCAAUCAAAUCAUUGGGGAGUGUCCUGAAGUUGGGCUGAAGCUUCAGGAUUUCUUGGUCAACUUCUUUGGCAGUUUACCCGAAGAACACAAAGGCUCUGUGCUUCUGCAGCUGAUCCAGCGAAUGGGAUCUCGGCACUGGUGUGCAGUCCCCCUCCUCUUCCUCUCCCAGGCCUUGGCUCGACUCCUUCCCAGCCCACUACUGGGCCCAGAUGGGCUACAGGCACUGAGGGAGGUCCUGCGCUGCACGAUGAUCACUCACCAGGUGCAGCUCAGAGGCGCUGCUCAAUGCUUCUUGCUCCACAGCGCCCUCUGUUGGACUGAUGUGCAAGCAGUGACUCUGGAGGAGGUGUUUAGCUUCCUUGUUCACUUUCGUUACGAUGAGUCGCUGUGCCGAGGAACGGCACUGUGGAAAGAGGUCUGUGAUUGGUUUGCGAAUAAUAAAGGAAAGUUCAGGUCAGCCAUGGGGAAAUCAGGCACUAUGACACCACAGGAGGCAGAGCUGACCAGUGCAGCCACAGAGGUGGAGGUGGCCUCCUUGCAGAGCUACACCCAGCACCGACUGGAGGCUUUCCUCACCGUACCGGCCAGCACAGAGCAGACAGACAGCCUGCCAGACAGUGGAGAAGCAGAGCUCCUGUCCCUGGCCAUCCUCCUCUCAGCAGACGUGGAGGAGAGUCCAGGCAGAGACGGCGGUACACAGGAGACUCUGGAGCGCCUCCUGCUCCCCCUACUGGACGUCCUGCGUCGGCUCAGCACCAGCCUCUACCUGCCCCUGCGGAAGAGUGACAAGAGCCUGCAGCUGCUGCUGCGCCUUCUCAAGCUGCGGAGGAGUCGAACAGGCACAGACCCAGAGACCAACGCAGAUGAUUGUGUAGCAGCCACGGUGUCAGCUCUGGUGCUGACCGUGGUGGAGCCAGUUCAGAACUUCAUCGCCCGCAGGCUGACUGGGGAGCUGCAAGAGGUGUGUGAUGUUGAGCGCGCGGGGCUGUAUCUGGCUGUGCUCAGAGAGCUGUUGCAGGAGUUCAGCGGGGUGCCGUGGUACCAUGGCAACAUGCAGCAGAGCUUCCUGCCCGGCCUCAGCGCGGGUAGCCUGAGGACCCUGAGCGAACCCUCUGAGCAGGUGCCCUCUGUCCGUGGGCAGGUGCAGAGGGCCGUGGCGAUGGCAGUGCUCUCUCUGCUGUGUGAGGUGGCCCGUGGCAAAGUGUUUAAUGCCAGCCUGUCUCUAGGCUCCCUCAGAGAGCACUUCUACCGCCCCGAGCACCUCAACCAGGCCUUGCUAAAGCCCGUGGCCACAGCAAGUGAUGUUGAUGACAGCCCCCUGCUUCGAGACUGGGGCCGUGUUGCUGCCCAUUUCAUUGGUGACCAGUGGACCUGUCUGAGCUUCCUGCAGCAGGUUGCUGUCCCCGUGACUCCCCUGGAGGCCCCUGGGCUCCGUGCGGCCCUGCAGGCUGCGGUGGAGGCCCUCUCUCUGCUGCCCAGUGAUCUGGUGCUGCCUGUACUGGACUUCAUGGCCUCUGUGCUGCCACAGAUGGCGGUGUGCGAGGAGAAUCAUUGUGUGGAGGCGGUGGCUCUCAGCUGGAAGGUGGUGCAGGGGCUAAGCAGCAACGCCCAUGACUUCUGGCCUGCGCUGCAGGCGUUCGUACGGCUGGCCUUCCACAGAGCCGCCUUGGAUCUGAUCCCAGAACAGGCCCCCAUGCUCACCACCACCAUACAGCAGAUUGGCUGUGAGCUGAUGGAGCUGUCGGAGGUCAAAUCUGGCGUGUUCAACACCCUCAUCAGCCACUGCUGCCGCACCUGGCUGCCUUCUGACCCAGGAAGUGAAGCUCGGGAUGACGCACGGUUCUCCAGUGCUCUCACACACCUGGACAUCCUGAAGGAGGCAUGCCUGCAUGGGCCUGUGUUUAGGAGAGACCAGAGGCUGAUACAGGAAGUCCAGGUUUAUGUGGAGCAGCUUGGAGAUCAGUGUGCCGCCAACUUGGCUAUUACCAGAGAUGAGCAGUUCCCACGUGUUUGUGUGCUAGCCUUUCUCAGCCGCCUGCAGCCAUCCAAUGAGCUCCACCAGGCACUCCUAGAGAAGCUGGUUCUGCAAUUAGUGGAGAAGGAUAAAGGGAUAGCCAAAUCAAAAGCACGUUACUAUAGCAACUCCUUGCAACACCGCAUAAGGAACAGGGUGUGGCAGACCCUGCUGUUGUUGCUGCCCAAACUGAGAAGGGAGUUUGUUGUGGGGACGCUGCUGGGCUACGCCUUUGAGGCGGGCUUCAGCAGUAACCAGGCCUCCGUGAAGUACCUCAUAGAGUGGGCCAUGGUGCUCAUGCUCUACCACAACCCCUCGCAUAUGGACCACUUCUGGGCCUGCUUUAGUGGUGACCAAGAGAAGACUAAGACUAGUAUCUGCACCUUCCUGUCAGUGCUGGUGCACAUGAGCAUCCUGCUGCCAAGACUGGAGGACCAGACAGGACAGUGGCGUAAAGCCCUGGAGGUGAUACUACUGUGGUGUUUCAGCCAUAACUUCAGUGUGCGUCUGUACGCCCUCCUGGCCCUGAAGCGGGUGUGGGGACUGGAGGGCCCACGGGCCGCGGCUGAAGGGGUCCCGGGCGGAGCGGACGCUCUCGGAGGGCUGGCCACCAUCAUCCAGGCCUGUCUGAACCAGGCCGAGGCCAUGCAGAACACAGGAAAUGCCAUGAAGAACUGGUCCAGGAUACAGGAGCAUUUCUUCUUCAGUGCAUUCCACCCACUUAGGGAUUAUAGCGUGGAGACCAUUUUCUACUCAUUCCCCCGCUUGUCUGAACUGUCAGACGAUGAAUGGAUACCUCCGUGGAAGUUUGAGAAGAUGGCGGUGUUCUCGGCAGACUCCUCGCUCCCUGUGAGGAACCCAGUGCCAGAUCUUAGCCAGAUGCAUCCUGGAGACUGGAUCCAGCAGGACAAAGGUGAGCUGGAGCCGGAGGAUCGCUGGACGGAGGUGCAGAAGAAGAUCACCGCCUGGAGGCUGAGCUUCCACGAGCAAGAGCCGCAGCUCGCAGCCCAGCAAAGGGCACUGCGCCUGGGCAAACUCACUAGUGCCCUCCUGGUGGUCGCCUCGCUCAUCGACAAGCCCACCAACCUCGGAGGGCUGUGUCGCACCUGCGAGAUCUUCGGGGCCAGCGCUCUGGUGCUGGACAGCCUCCGCCAUGUCAGUGACAAGCAGUUCCAGGCUCUGAGCGUCUCCUCGGAGCUGUGGCUCCCGCUGCUGGAGGUGAAGCCUGCCGACUUAUCAGCCUUCCUGCAGGGGAAGAAGACAGAGGGCUACUGCAUCGUGGGAGUGGAGCAGACAGCCAACAGCCAGAGCCUGCAGGACUACAAGUUCCCCGAGAAGACUCUCCUGCUGCUGGGUAAUGAGAAAGAAGGCAUCCCUGCCAACCUACUGCAGCUGCUGGAUGUAUGUGUGGAGAUUCCGCAGCAGGGCGUCAUUCGCUCCCUCAACGUGCACGUCAGCGCCGCCCUGCUGGUGUGGGAGUACACACGCCAGCACCUGCAGCCCACCCAGUGAAUCUACCCUUGCCCCACCGCUCACCACACCCACUGUCAGUCAGUCCCACCACAAAGACCUUCACAAAUGACUACGAUCAUGGACUACACCUCUAACUCGUUCAUCAACACUCAAUCCAGUACCAAUUCUAGACUGCAUACUGCUUGUUUUGGUUUCAAAUGAGAUUUCCAGCAACUGAAUACAUUUUGCCACACAGGAGAAGUGUGCUGUGUUCCUGGUCCCUGGUCCACUCACACCAACCCCCCCCCCAACAAAAGGACCCUGACUGACUGACUCAUGAUUGGAUUUACACCUGUGGUUAGGAAUCCAAUCGCUUGCUGUGCUUUUGCUACACACUGCGCGUGACAUUGAAGUCGGUCGUUUGUUUUCCUGUAAUCUUGACAAACAAGGCCACAGCAGGCUGGGCUGGGUGCGCUGUGGGCAGAGUGGAUAUGAUGAGGACAGCUUUAUUUCCCCCAUGACUUGCUCAUUUCAGGCUUGAAGUACCUCCUGCUCCCCCUCCCUCCCUCUGUCUCUCUCUCUCUCUCUCUCUCUCUCUCUCUCUCUCUCACCUCUCUCUCCUCCCCCUCUCUCUCUUCCUCUCAGUCCUCCCCCUCUCCCCUCCAACCCCUCUCUCUCACCUGCUCGUUCAUAUGAAGGGAGAGAUAAUGAAGUGAACCCUCAGCUAGACCCAUCCCAAGAAUUACAUUAGAAUAUUCCAGCCUGCACAGGGUUUGGCAGGGCACAUCUUGUGACUGAAGAGUAGAGCUUGUUCAUUUGCCUUAUUGCCUUACUUUGACACAAACUGUGCUCACUUUUUUUUUUUUUUAAAUGACUGAUUAUGUGUUGUAUUUUAAAUAAAUAAACUAUUCUUACACAUGUAAUUCCUUUUUUUGCUCUCAGUUAUAUAUAAUCUGUCCUAUAUGUAUCAUUUGAGCUGGCAGUUCAGUUGGUAGUAGUUCAAAGAUAUUGAGGCUCCUCAUACUCUACAUGCACAAGUGCAAACGGAGCCCUAUUCAUGAAGACGUAAAACAACUGGCUCAAUGGCAAAUCCCUGUGAUGAACGCAUUUAGCGAGGUGAUUUGGAACCCACCUUAUUCGCCACGCCUAGUUCCGUGCGCAGGUGUGAGGCUGGAGACGUUGGUAGCAGCUUUACCGUUUAGAGGGUCGAAGGGGAAAGUAAAUAUGACACUAAUAGUAAUUUUGGUUAUAUAGACAGCAUAUGAUGAGACUUUAAUCGACGGAUAAAACCGGGGUAUAUUGUGGCUGGAAAUCGCUAAAGCACAUUCGAUGGCAUGGAUUUACAUCAAGAUUGUGUUUUGAAUUUUAAAAUACUCCAGACCCGUGGGCACCCUUA